CCAAGCUAGAUCAAGCUCCAACAACCAUGACCGGCGACGACGACCUCCAGCAUGCCGCCGUCGCACUGCCGACGGCGAUCCCGUGCGUCACCCUCAACACGGGCCACGCCAUGCCGGUGCUGGGCUUCGGCACCGGCGCCUCGCGCGCGCCCGCCGACCUGCCAGACACCAUCCUGCACGCCGUCCGCCUCGGCUACCGCCACCUCGACACGGCCGCCAUGUACGGCACCGAGCCGGCCGUGGGGGCCGCCGUCGCCGAGGCCGUGCGCUCCGGCGCCGUGCGGUCGCGCGAGGACCUCUUCGUCACCUCCAAGCUCUGGAUCCCCGACGCGCGCCCGGGCCGCGUCGUGCCCGCGCUCCGCGACUCCCUCGCCCGCCUCGGCCUCGCCUACCUCGACCUCUUCCUCGUCCACUGGCCCGUCGCCGCCGACGACCCCGCGGACAAGGCCACGCACGCGGAGUUCGACAUGGAGGGCGUGUGGCGCGGCAUGGAGGAGUGCCGCCGCCUCGGCCUGGCGCGCUCCGUCGGCGUCAGCAACUUCUCGGCCGCCAAGAUGGAGCGCCUGCUGGCGCUCGCCGCCGUGCCGCCGGCCGUCAACCAGGUGGAGCUCAACGUGGGGUGGAGGCAGGACAAGGUGCGGGAGGUGUGCGCGCGGCACGGCGUGGUCGUGACCGCCUACUCGCCGCUGGGCGCGUACGGCGCGUCAUGGGGCUCGGACGCCGUCAUGAACAGCGGCGUCAUGCACGACGUAGCCGCCGCCAAAGCCAAGACCGUGGCCCAGGUGGCGUUGAGGUGGGUGUACGAGCAGGGCGUGUGCUUUGUGGCCAGGAGCUUCAACAGGGAGAGGCUCAAGCACAACCUGGACAUCUUCAAUUGGGAGCUGAGCAAGGAGGACAAGGCGAUGAUCGCCACGAUACCGCAGAAAAGGGCGUGCCAGGGGGAGUACUUUGUGUCACCCGACGGACCUUACAAAUCACUCGAGGAGCUCUGGGACGGCGAGAUAUGAAUGAUCACUCCAAUAUGUCUUAGUAUCUAUUUUUGUGAUUACUAGUGAUCAAGUAUUGUAACAUCUUUUUAUGAAAAACCGUCCUGCCAAAAAAUGGACUUUCAAUGUCGCAAGUAUGUACGUCUACCAAACUUUUCAUAGCC